UACAUACUUCGCUUCUUGAAACAGACCCCAGAGACCCAGGCGGUCUGGGCUGUCAGACCACCAAACAGCCGAGAAGGAGUUGGUUGGCCAAGGACUCAUGCAGCUCUUCUUGGGGUAUAUAGCUUCCGUCCUCACGACUACGUGGCAACUCAAGCAUGCAGAUGAGGAGUUUGCACAGAGGUUGUUGCCCAAUCACUCAGGUGGGUGCAGCCUCCAAGGUUGUGAUUUCCGCUGAAGCCAAGGACAAGCUCAUGCAGAGCCAUGGCUCCCUUGAUGUUGGGUGUAGCAUUUUCGAUUACAGUAUUGUCGAAACCACUCUGCUCGAAUUACAGGAGCGGCAGUGCUACGAUGCCGAUGAAUUCGGGUCGCACGGUGACAUCCACGGAUACCAACUAGACCAGAUUACAAUUGGCGUCUGCACCGGGCUAGACGACGCUAAGAUCAAGCGUGGUGACCCAUCGACCAAUAUUGCUAUUCGUAACGACGUCAACGGGCAGCCGGUACAGUUGGGCAUUUACUGGAAAGACAACGGCGUACUUGACUAUCUAAGGUCGAUGCGGGUCUUCCGUUGGGGAGGCAACUCGAAGGAAACACUCGAGACGCAUAUUGUAAAAAGCCGUUUACGGAUAGUUGGCGCCAAUGCAACAAGGGAGGCGCCAGGGGAUCUAUCCAGGCUGGUGUAGAGUCUAUGAAUUCAAAGCAACUGGCGACUAGAAAGGGGCUUCUCAGAAGAAAUUGGUGAGUGCGUUUCGAAUAUGAGGGUGGAAAUAAGGGGUCCGAGAUUCUGUGUUAUAGAUUUAUUUCAAUUGGC